AUGAAGCCUAUGAAGCAGGAUAUGCAGAGCUUUAAGAAACAAUCAGAGGUCUUCGACGCUUGGUCACAACAAAGGAAACACUUACUGAAACUCUCACCACACAAAUCCCCAGUUCAAUCUCCUUUAGAAUCCCCAGCUCAAUCUCCUCCAAAAUCCCCUGAAAAUCCAAUUGAAUAUGAGAUUAUCUCCUCUGAGCACUCCAACAACUCCCCAGCCACAAGGAAAAAGAAAAGAGAUUGGAGGGUUGCCAAACUAGUUUACAAAAUCUUGCAUGCUCAGGGAGUCGAUACAACCUUUGAUGAAACCUUGAUCAUCUCAUGGAUAAAUCCAUGUCGUAGACUUCAAGAUGAAGACUAUGUUCCUCAUCUCACCUACUCUCCCCUAAGAGAAAACAUGUAUUGGGAUAUUACCUUGUCCCCAAUGGAAUUGCUACAAGGUUUUUAA